AUGGACACAGAUGGUUACUUUGUGGCUACAAGAUAUCCCUAUUUGCCAUGUUUGCAAGUUGGUCAAGAACAUAAACAUACAUAUCUACCUCUGGAGGUUUGUAACAUUGUAGCAGGACAAAGAUGUAUUAAAAAGCUGACUGAUAUGCAGACUUCCACAAUGAUUAAGGCUACUGCAAGAUCAGCACCUGACAGAGAGCGAGAAAUUAAUAACUUGGUGAGAAAGGCAGACUUUAACAAUGACCCAUAUGUCCGAGAGUUUGGAUUAUCUAUAAGUAACAUUAUGAUGGAAGUCCGAGGUCGUAUACUACCACCUCCAAAACUACAGUAUGGUGGACGAACCAAGCAACAAGCAGUUCCUAACCAGGGUGUCUGGGACAUGCGGGGGAAGCAGUUUCAUACUGGAAUGGAGAUAAGGGUUUGGGCCAUUGCUUGCUUUGCUCCACAGCGGUCCUGCAAAGAGGAUGCAUUAAGAAAUUUCAUCGAACAGCUUCAGAAAAUAAGUAAUGAUGCAGGAAUGCCAAUUAAUGGACAGCCAUGUUUUUGUAAGUAUGCCACGGGUCCUGACCAGGUGGAGCCAAUGUUUCGUUACCUCAAGUCCUCAUUUCAAGGACUCCAACUUGUUGUUGUUGUUUUACCUGGAAAAACUCCUGUGUAUGCUGAAGUAAAACGAGUUGGUGACACGGUUUUAGGGAUGGCUACACAAUGUGUUCAGGCAAAGAAUGUCAGUAAAACAUCUCCACAGACUCUGUCCAAUCUCUGUUUAAAGAUCAAUGUUAAACUGGGAGGCAUCAACAGCAUCUUAGUGCCAAGCAUCCGGCCAAAAGUUUUUAAUGAACCUGUGAUAUUUUUGGGGGCAGAUGUUACACACCCUCCAGCCGGUGAUAACAAAAAACCUUCCAUAGCAGCAGUAGUAGGAAGUAUGGAUGCACACCCAAGUAGGUAUGCAGCAACAGUAAGAGUACAGCAACAUCGACAAGAGAUAAUCAAGGACCUAGCAAACAUGGUGAAAGAACUCUUGAUCCAGUUUUAUAAAUCUACUCAUUUUAAGCCAAAUAGAAUAAUCUUUUAUAGAGAUGGUGUAUCAGAGGGUCAGUUUCAUCAGGUUUUAGCCCAUGAAUUGAUGGCAGUUAGAGAGGCAUGCAUGAAGCUUGAGGCAGACUAUAAGCCUGGCAUUACCUUCAUUGUUGUUCAGAAGCGACACCAUACACGCCUUUUCUGCAGUGACAAAAGAGAGCAAAUAGGGAAGAGCGGUAACAUUCCAGCUGGUACCACAGUAGAUGUUGGAAUCACACACCCUACUGAAUUUGACUUCUAUCUCUGUAGUCAUGCUGGAAUCCAGGGUACAAGUCGACCUUCCCAUUAUCAUGUUCUUUGGGAUGAUAACCAGUUUUCAGCUGAUGAGUUACAGUGCCUCACAUAUCAACUGUGUCACACAUAUGUUCGUUGCACACGUUCUGUAUCCAUCCCUGCUCCAGCAUAUUAUGCUCAUCUGGUAGCUUUUAGAGCUCGAUACCAUUUGGUAGAAAAAGAGCAUGACAGGUAUGUUAUAAUUUUUAGUAAAAUAAGGACAAACUUGUGAUUCUUAUUUACUUGU